GGUGAUGCCGGAGGUGCUGCUGAUAGAGUUCUGAAUCAACUUUUGACAGAGAUGGAUGGAAUGUCGGCUAAGAAAACUGUCUUCAUCAUUGGUGCUACCAAUAGACCUGACAUCAUAGAUCCAGCGUUGCUUAGGCCAGGGCGUCUUGAUCAGUUAAUUUAUAUUCCUCUUCCAGAUGAGGCUUCUCGUCACCAAAUUUUUAAAGCUUGUCUAAGGAAGUCCCCUGUAUCAAAAGAUGUUGACCUAUGGGCUCUUGCUAAGUAUACUCAAGGUUUCAGUGGUGCAGACAUUACUGAGAUUUGCCAGCGUGCUGUCAAAUAUGCCAUCAGGGAAAAUAUUGAAAAGGACAUUGAAAGGGAGAGGAGAGCCCGGGAGAACCCCGAAGCCAUGGAGGAAGAUGAAGGUGAUGAAGUUGCCGAGAUCAAAGCUGUUCACUUUGAAGAGUCGAUGAAGUAUGCUCGCAGGAGUGUAAGUGAUGCUGACAUACGCAAGUACCAAGCGUUUGCCCAGACUCUGCAGCAGUCGAGGGGAUUCGGGAGUGAGUUCCGCUUCGCAGAUCAUUCUGAUGCAGCCGCUGGGGCAGGAUCCGACCCAUUUGCAGCUUCCGGUGCAGCUGGAGAUGACGAUGACUUAUAUAGUUAAAAGCCAGCCAAACAUUAUUCCAAUGAGGUUAUCUUAUAUUAUAUGUUUUUAUUUUGUAGAUCUGGGUGACGUUCUGAAUGGGUGUGGAGAUUUACUCAGUUUGUCUGCCCAUUAGUUAACCGUUGUCACUCUUCCCUGAAAAACAUGUACUUUUCAUUUCAAGAAAAACAUGUACUUUUAUCUUUUGAUGCUUUAGCUGCCGAAUUAUAUUGAUCUUUUGUUAUAUGAUUUAAAGCUCACAUUGCAUCCUA